GUGAUGUUUGUUGGAUUGUGAAUCCUCAACCCUCAUCUGGCCUAGCAGAAAUUGACCAUGCAAGCAUAACUUAAAGCCACUUGAGGGCUGAAGCAUUUCAACAGCUUCAAAUUCUCUCUAGUUCAGUUUCUUCGAGAUGAGAACCAUGUCAAAGGCAGCAACAGCAUGCUUCACUUUCUUUGCUUUUGUAGUAGCACUUCAAGUUCAGGUUGAAUGCCGUUCUCUUCGCCCUAGUGUUUCUGAUGGGGUUGAUGAUGUUCAACCACAAGAGUCUUACUCUUAUCUGCAACUCAAAGACCAAAGGGUUGGUUCUUCUUCUCCUGAGGACUACUGUAAGCAAAUGUACGGAUUCUUGCCAUGUUCCAACAACAUCCUUGGCCAUCUCUUCCUCAUUUUGGUUUAUGAGUACUUGUUGUUCCAUGGAGAAUCAUAUUUGGCUUCUGGGGGUGAGCAAAUCUUCAAGAUUCUUGGCCCUGGUGUUUUUGGUGCUAGUGCCUUUGAUGUUCUUGGUGCCCUUCCCGAGUCCUUAAUUCUUCUUGUUACUGGACUUUCCAGCGACAAGGAGAGUGCACAAGAGUCUGCUUCCACUGGUGUUGGUUUGUUGGCUGGAUCAUCCAUCUUGCUUCUGACAGUAGUGUGGGGAACCUGUGUUAUCAUUGGCAAGCAAAAGUUGAAAAAUGAUUCCGACUCUGGUGCCUCAAAUUCAUCAACUGUAGGAAUAAAAGAAUCACUAACUGGUUAUGGUAUCACUAUGGAUGUAGAUACUAGAAAGAUGGCAAGAAUCAUGGUUUUCUCAGUUAUUCCACUCAUCAUAAUGCAGAUUCCCAAUUUGUUCCACUUCUCUUCUACACCACGCAAUGUGACCUUGAUGGUUGCUCUCAUAGUUGCUGUUGCUUUUCUUGUCUCAUACUUCAUUUACCAGGUCUUUAAACCUCAGAUAGAAAAAACAAGGCUGGAGUAUAUCAAACAUGAUGACUUAAUAUUAAGAAUUUUUCAACGCGUUGAAAAACAAACUCUGCAAAAGAUCCUCACCGAGGAUGGGACUCCCAAUGUAAAUGCCAUAAGUGGGCUGUAUCAUGAAAUUAGUCAACGUGGGGGCAAGGACAUAUUAGCUUCUGAUAUAAGAGAUCUGUUGUUUGGGAACAAAUUAAAUGACACAAACAUCAAAGAGGAACAGAUUGCAGACAUGUUAAAAGUUUUUGACCGAAAUGGUGACCAAAUUAUAACCAAGGAAGAGUUUGUCACUGGCUUAACAGAAUACAUUAACCAAAGCAAGCAUGCUUUGGAUAGGAAGUACCUCCCCAAAGAAUCUCUGAACAAAAUGUAUCAGACUUUUAUCAAGCCAUGGAUUGAACAUGUGAGAAAGGAACGUGAGUUGAAGGGACAUCUUAUAUCUGAAGUCUUAAAGCAUGCUCAGAAUGAUAUGGUUGGUAAGCUGCGCCAAGAUGAUGGCACGCCUGACAAAGACGCUAUCAGAAGGUUGUUUGAGGAAAUUGAUGUCAACCACGAUAAUCACGUUUCAAGAUCUGAAUUGGAAAAAGUAGUCAAGGGCAUCCAGUUUGGCAAGGUUGUAGAUGCUGAGGAGGCGGUUUCAAAACUUGUUCAAGAUCUUGAUCUAAACCGAGACGAUGAAAUUAGUGAGACCGAAUUUAUUGAAGGUUUUGCAAAAUGGAUGAACUCAAAUUCCAGCGAAGCUGCCAAGUCAAAAUCUUCAUCUCAGGAAAUUCAUCAAACCUGGGAAGAUGUUGAAAGGGUAAUGGAAGAAAAUCAAACCAAAGGAGCAUCUGCAUGGUUGACGGCCAUAGCAUAUGUGGUGCUGGGAAUUACUAUACUGUCUCUACUUGCAGAGCCCUUAAUAGCAAGUGUCCGAAAAUUCUCUGAAGCUGCAGGAAUUUCAUCAUUUUUCAUCUCAUUCAUUUUAGUCCCCUUCGCCACAAAUUUUAGAGAAGCAACCUCAGCAAUCAAAGAAGCUAGCCAUAAGAAGAGCAGCAAUACUUCUCAGACAAUGUAUGAGAUUUAUGGAGCAGUGUUCAUGAACAACAUUCUUGGCUUUGUGGUGAUCUCUAUUCUGAUAUACAUGCGUGAGAUCACUUGGGAAUUCUCAGCUGAUGUGCUAAUUGUGGCAAUAGUUUGUGCUGUAAUGGGCCUCACUGCUUGCUUUCGGCCCACUUUUCCUCUUUGGACAUCCUUCCCUGCAUACCUCAUGUACCUAAUAGCAUUGCUAUUGGUCUUUGUUCUCAAAGAUGUUCUCAAUUAUGUUUAGUGACAUUUUGGAUGCAUGUGGAUCAUGCUGAAUGUUGUGUGCUAAUGGGGUCUUUCAUGCCUUGAUGGAAAACGAAUUCAGAUAUACAUUAUUAUUGGAUACAAGGAAAAGUCAAAAGAGUGUCAAACAAUAAUAGACCCGUUCGUUUGACCUUUCUCUCUUGUGAAUCUUCAAUCACAUCAAAAUCUUUGGUGGUUAUGGAACUUCUGUUUUUGUUUAA